AUUAUCAAAACCAAACAGAUGCUGGCCGGAAAAUCAACUGGGUUACUCGUGAUAACUUAAUCCCAGUGAUAAGCGCAAUGUCGUCCGGUGAACGAGUGGCCAAAGUGGUGCUGGUGGACAUCGAGGGCACCACCACUUCGAUUAGCUUUGUGCACGAUGUCCUGUUUCCCUACGCCAAGCAGAAUGUGGAGAAGUUUCUGAGGGAUUUCUGGAAAGAAGAUGAUAUAAAGCACAUUGUCCAGGAUCUGCAGCAAGUGCCCAAGUUUGCGGACUACAAGGCCCUGCUAAGUGCUCCUCCCACAGAAGUAGAUAUAGAACUGAUUGCAGGCUUUGUGCGCUAUCUAAUUGAUCAGGAUCUGAAGGUCACGCCAAUGAAAACGCUGCAGGGCUUGAUUUGGGCGCAGGGCUACGCUAAUGGAGAGCUGAAGGGCCAUGUAUACGAAGACGUCCCUGCAGCUUUUGAGGCUUGGCGUGCUGCUGGCCUCCGUAUUGCAGUCUACUCCAGCGGCAGUGUGGCUGCCCAAAAGCUAAUAUUCGGGCAUAGUUUGGCCGGGAACCUGCAGCCGCACUUGAGUGCUUAUUUCGACACCCAUGUGGGACACAAACAGGAACAGCAAUCCUAUGAAAACAUUGCCAAGCAAUUGAAGGAGGACCCGAAGCAGAUACUCUUUCUCACGGAUAUUCCAGGAGAAGCGGCCGCCGCUUGCUCUGCUGGUUUGCAAGCCAUAAUUCUGCAGCGUCCUGGAAACGCCGCCUUAGCAGACGAUCAAAAAGCUAGCUUCGAGUUGAUUCCGGACUUUAAACCACUUCACAACCUGAAACUGCCGAUUAAUAAAUCCCAGGCUUAGGUCAUUCCAAAAAAGUAUA